UUAUUCCAUAUUUGUUUAUAGACUGCCGUGUAAUUUGAGAGGAAAAUCUGAAAAUAUUUUCUACAAAUACUCUUUCACAGUUUGCCUUGUUUACUAUCCCAUUUUAGAACAAUGCAUAUUGCUAGCAGCAUUUUCCAACAAAACCACCGUUUUGUUUGUACAAACAAAGGCUCAAGGGCACACACAGCUACUCCCUGACCCCACACGGUUGACGAGAGCCAGGCAAUCUGCUCUCUUCCCUGUCUCUCAUGUCUUCCCUCCAUCUUAUUGUCUCAUCUGGAUUUCUCCAAGAGGCCUUUCCCCGGGAGAAACAGCAGCCUGGACCGCAGUCUACCAACUUUCCUGGAACAAAGGUCCUGAUGUUCCAGAUUUCAACAUUUGGAGAAAACCCUUGAGGGGUUAUGCAGUAUUUGCCAACACUUUCAGGAAAUACACAGGCAGUGUGGCAGCCUCAGUUCAAAAGUUCUAAAAUCCUGUCCCCAGAACACCAUCCCCAGUGUUCAAAGAUGGAUUCCGUCUGAUCAAUGACAUUAAAAUGCACAGGCUCUAGAGAUGAGUACAAACAGCUUGCUCUUGGAGAGGACCUGAGUUCUAUUCCCCACACCCUUGUCAGACAGUCGCUUAUACCUCCAGCUCCAGGGCCUCCAAUGCCCUCUUCUGGCCUCCACAGGCAACUGCACACAUGUGGCUUACAUACAUGUGCAUACACACAAAUAAAAAUUAAAAAUACAUUUUUUAAAUGCAGAUUCCUGGGUUUGCCUGGGACUCAGUUUCUGAAGUCAGGGAAGGCAGCUUUUCUUCUGGAACACAGCUUCUCGGCACCACUGCAGUCACCUGAGGCAGAGCCAGGGUUAGGAAGAACUGAGGGGUGGCUUGGACAGACGCUAAGAACUGAGCAAUGCUGCUCCAGGAGUGGACAAAGUAAAGGACAAACAAAACUUCGAUUUCAUUCUGAUUUGCCGAAGAAUUGUUGGUGGAGCUGGAGAAGUGUGGCCAGGCAAACACUAAUGGUGUAGAGAGCAAUUAUUCAGGAAGGAUUCCUGAGUCCAGGGCUGAAUUCUGUGGUUUCUCAGCAUUUGCCGUGAUUCUCAACCUGGCAAUUCUUUACAAUGCUCAGGACUUGGCUUUUUAACGGUAACCCUCUGGGCUGACUGUAUCAGAAUCUGAGGUUGUAUGCGGGGUUCCUUGCUAUUUUUAACAGUCCAGAAUGGCUGUCCUGUCACCCGACCAGCAGGCAUAAGACUGCUCUGUGACUCACAGACACUGUUGAGUCUCCUGUUGUUGACAUCACAAACAGCUAAUGUUAUUUUCCCAGCUCUGUGAGGUUAGGUCCUCAGGGACUAUUCUUUCAUCUUCAGCUCCUAUCUCCUAAGCCACCAUCUUUCAGAUUUACAUUAUUUACACAGAUAGUAUCAAUAGGCAAGUAAUUUUGCCUAGUGCUUUCUUGCCAUAAUUAUGAAGCAGUAUUUUUCUUAGUCCACAGCUAGAAGUUGGAUGACUUACAAGUGGGUGAAAAUCCAUGUGUUUGGAAUGGAGGUAGUAUUUUUGGAAUUUUUGACCUGUUGCCUGGUAACUGUACCUAAGACAGUUAAGCUCCCCUCUGUGACCUGUCGGAUUUCAGAAGCUUGGUCGCCCGGUCAUAGCUUCUUACUACUAGAAGGAGAUGAGCGCUUCACUAUGCCCAGGGCUUGAAAAGCUGCAACUCAUAGCAGCCCUCUCCUAGCCAUGUCCCACUUCUUCUACCUGGCUCCAGAAAUCCUGCUCCCCUUCAGCCCUCUCACUUCUAAAGAGUUCGAGCUGAUCAGACGCAAGGCCCGAGAACUGUGGCAGGAGGAGACGCGUUGGACGGCUUCUUCGGUGACAACCUACUCAGGCAGUUACCGGCAAAAGCAGCUGGAUGAAGCCACCUGCAGCCGACUGGCCCAAAGACCAGGCCAGCAGCAGUCUGAGUACAAACGGACACCGUUGCUGGGCAGCUCUGCCUACAGCAAUCUUCCGGGCCAGGCUGGUUCCCAAGAGGCGGCAGACGGCAAAGGAGGACUCUCUGAUGGAGCAAGACCCUCUGGGCACACUCCGCUCAACGUCAAGCACAGAGUGGCACACCAGAUUUGGGGGUAUGAAGCUCCUUAUCUAACAUUUCCAGAUUACAGAGUUUUACGUGCGAAACCCAAGAAGCCAGGCUUUGAUCUCCUCAUGAACUACAGGACUAGAGGGGAGAAGCUCCUGAAAAAUCUUGGGCGACAAUGGGAUUAUGAAAGCAAGUUUGGCUCCUCGGAGGACUCAGAGGGGGAUCGAAACUCCUCCGAUUACUGAGAAGGCUCACUGCGCAUCUUGAACUGAAGGAAGUCCCAGAGCUGCGGCCCUAGUUUCUGCGUUAACCGUUAACUGGUUAAGACAGGAGGUUGGAGGAGGCCUUGGUUGGGUGUGCACCUAGGGAAGACCGUGCUAGAAACUUCCCUGGGUUUCCUCUCUCGUUCUUUUUCUCGUGUGUGUGUGUGUGUGUGUGUGUGUGUGUGUGUGUGUGUGUGUGUGUGUGUACUGAUGUGGAGGGGAGUUGUCAUAAUCAUGAGUAAAUGUUCCUUUAACGUAA